AUGUCUGGUCCCUCCACAUCCAACGAGAGGUCCACUAACCAUGGCCAGGGAUUAAAUCCCCAUCAACAACAACAUUUGCAGCAGCAGCACCUCCACCACGCGUCGCAGUUGGACCACACCACUGCUGCCGCUAUUGCGUUGGGCCAUGAAAUUCCAAACCCCGUUAUGGCCCACCUGGACGAGGAGGCCCGCUACUUGGGUCUUAACCCAGCUGCCGCUGCCCAGUUGCAACAACAACAGCAGUUGCAACAGCAGCAGAUGCACCACCAACACCAAUUGCAUCACCACCACCACCCUCAGCUUCAUCAGCAGCAGAUGCACCAUCCUUUGCAACAACAACACCACAUGCCGCAGCACCAUUUGCAGCAGCAACAGCUCCACCAGCAGCACCAGUUCCAGACGGCGCCCAUGGAGUUUGAGAAUGGUGGUUUCCUUGUGUCUAGACAUGGUGAGGGUGACAUCAUCAAGACCUUCUCUUCCAAGCAAGAGCUUGUCAAGUACGUCAAGACGGUGUUGAACGAGGAGGAACAAUGUAAGAUUGUCAUCAACUCGUCGAAGCCAAAGGCCGUGUACUUCCAGUGUGAGCGUUCUGGUUCUUUCAGAACCACUGUCAAGGACGCUACCAAGAGACAGAGAGUUGCCUACACCAAGAGAUCCAAGUGUGGUUACAGAUUGGUGGCCAACUUGUACCCACCUGACAAGGAUAAGGCUAAGAAGAUGAAGAAGGAAGCUGACUUUGAUGGCUACCCAGAUGACGACAAGAAGGACCUGGAGAUGUGGAUCUUGAGAAUGAUCCACCCAGCCCACAACCAUCCUCCUGAGCCUAACUUCUCCUCCGGUGGUGGUGGCAAGAAGAAGAGAGCUAAGUACACUAGAACCUUGGUUGAGAAGCCAUUGAACCGUGGCAACAACGGCACCGCUGCUGCAGUGGCUGCCGUGGCUGGUUACCCAGAGGCCCUGCUUCACGACCACCAGCUUCUUCAGCAACAGCACUACCUUCAGCAACAGCAGCAGCAGCAGCUUCACCACCAACAGCUUCAGCACCACGCUCACCAUGGUCAGCACCACCACGACGAUGGUAACCACCCAUCUGUCCAGGAUGUUGCUGUUAUUGCUGCUAUGGAGGCCGCUCCCGGCAACCAUAGCUUGCUGAACCCACCUGUGGACCCUAACAUUGACAGCGUCGACCCAAACGUGGAUCCUAGUGUGCAGCAGCAUGACCAUGCCCAUGGCCAUAGUACCUCGGAUCCAAGUCCGAAAAAUCUCACAGAUGGGCCAUCUAAGAAGAGUACUAUCACGAGCCAGGAGCUUUCCAGUCCAGUCCAAGCAAUAGAGGCUCUGUCCGUGAGGGCCAGCUCAACGCCCAAAACACCGAACCACAAACCGUCUCGUGACGAGAUUGCUGUGGAUGCAAUUGUCCCUGCUACAAGCCCUAGAAUAGUGAGGGAGAACUCCAUCAUCAGAGAUGAGGACUUGCAGAAUGAACUAACGCCAUUGCUCGGGAGCGAUUGUUCCGAAUCGUAUGUUGCAUUAGAAGAAGGCUUACAUCGCCAGCUACGGGCAUCCAACACUCGCAGAGGUUUCUCUGGGUGGUUCUCACAAACCUUCUGCUCCACUCCAUGGCUAUCUUGGCUUAUCUUACUCAUUAUUGCGGCAUUGCUUAUAGUGCUACUAGUUGCACGCAAUCUACCGAUGCUCUUGGACCAGGCUUUCAUUUCUGAGCUUCACAGCGUCUCUGUACUGGAUAUCAGUGACUCAGGCUUGACUGUGCAUGUGGUGGGCUCCACAUUUGUUGACUACGAGAGCAUACAAAGCCGCUUUUAUGGCCUGGCGCUUAAAGUGAUUGCUUUGCUUAUUGGUGGAGUAACGGUUGUACCCACUGAUGCAUCCAGAGUAUUCGUCAGUGGAGAAGGCAUCAACAGAGUCCAUGUGCUUGAUGUCUACGCUCCCGAGGUUCUGGUUGAUCUCAUUGAUCACCGUCUUACGGAGUAUGAUUUUAUUACAGAGGCAUAUUUUGUCGAUGAUUCAUUGACAGACCUUUUAGAGGAUCUUUUGAAACACAAUCGCUCGGAGCCUCUCCCCCUCUCGAUCGAGGUCGAUUUCACCACAGACAUAAAGACCAAAGGGAUUAAAUUCAAUGCGGGGCCAGUCAACAUCCGUGAAGACGCUGUCAUAAGUCCCGAAAGAAUGGUAUCACCUUUGAGUGUGGAGUCUUUAAAUCUUGAUUUGGAGAGAGAAGGCAUAGCACUCAAUGCGACACUUCUACUUGACAUCCUACCGAUCAAGCUAGAUUUCAGGUCUGUUCAAUGGGAUGUUGCAAUUGCUGACUGCGAUGGGAAACCUUCAUACUUGGGCUUAUGGGAGUCGGACCCUUUUACGGUGAAGCCGAAUUUGCUCACGGAGAUUGACGUCAAGGGAAACAUAGAACGUGUACCCGACAAUCUUCUCAAAGUCUGCAAAAACGGCCAAUCUGCUUUUAACCAAUUUGUAUCGAAGAUCUCAAAUGAAGGGUUGUUGGAUAUCUUUGUACUGGCUACGAAGACUUUGCAAAACGCUCAAAACUUGCCCAAAUGGCUCUACAAUAUUCUCACGCUGGUCGAUGUGAAUAUUGAAAUUCCAGUCAGCACACGGAGUGGCCUUCCUCUAGGUGACUAUCUAUCUCGCCUUGACAUCACUUCGAUGGACUUGAGCAUAUUCCUGUCCCAACCAGGGAAGCUUAAUGUCAACACAAGCUGUGAUUUCAAAGCAGCAGUUUCUUUGCCGAUUUCCCAAAGAGGCUUUGAAGCAUCUCUUUCUAAGUGGACUUCAUCCGUGGAAAUAUUAGAUGGCAACGCCACAGUUGGAAGUGCGUCUACUGUCCUGAGCAGCGGCCUAGCUAUCGCAGGGGAUAGCGGCAAUACUACAUCUAUACUUGGCAAUCUCGCAAACUGGGAGUUCGUUUUCCAUGAUUUUAAUUUCUUGGGCGACUUCGUCAACAGAUGGUUGAACGAGCACAAGCCUGCUUUUCCAACAAUCGAUGCUGAUAUUAAGCAGGUCAAGCUUGAUCUGCCACUCCUCAACACUACACUUGGGGAUAUUACGGUGAAGAAUAUAAAUUUUGACCCAAAACAUGCGGGAGUGUUGCAAAAGUCUGAUGAAAAGUUCCUUGACUGGCUCUUGAAGAAUAUGAAUAUCAGUAUGCUGACGGUAGCCUUGUUGAGCUCUGGGCAUGAUUGGGUGACAUUUGCAAUAGAGGCUGAGGUUUUCAACCCCAUUCCAUUGAGUUUGGAUCUCAACAAGCAAGAUUUAGUUUUUGCUAUACUAUUCGAGGAUGCUCAGAUUGGCAAUGUUACCUUUCAUGAUCUAAGCUUCCCUCAAACCCACAAGCGCAUCACUAUUCCAGCUCUUUUGCAAGUGGACUGUGCUACGUUUGCUGAAAGAAAUUCAGCAGAGAAAUUUGUCAGUCUUGUGCUUUCCGGUGCAUCGAAUAUUACUAUCGGUGUCAAAGGUUUGCAAACUGCAGCAAGCACCGACUUAGAUCAGGUAGUGAAGCAUCUACAUGUACCAGACAUUACCUUGCCCCACUUGAAAUUUCCGCAUCCUGACGAGGACGAGACAUCAGCCAAACAGGAGCUUGCGAACGGAAGCCCGUUCCUUAUUGAAGCUACGAUCCAUAUCCUUACAUCUGAAGUCGAGCUUCUUGUGUUCAACCCCAUCAAUAACCAAGCAAUCCUAGUUGACCUUUUGCUGUGUCAAGCGAUAUACGAGGAGCAUGUACUAGCAUAUGCGGACAACGUUGGUGACAUGAUGAUUCCGCCUGGUAUUUUCCGUACCAAGCGAAUUCCGUACAAGGUUGGUUCCGGAGUUGGAGGCGAUAUCUUGAGAAGAGCAUUGAACGGAGAGUUGGAAGUGGUGGUGAAGUCAGACAUGAUGGUUCAAGUGGGUGAAUUUAGCGGCCAGAUCUUGUUGCAAAUUCAGGGAGUCACAGCCAAAAUGUACGGCUUGAAAUUCACCGCUAUCGCUGCUUUGGCCGCCUCCGUCUCUCAGGUGAUGGCCACUCCUCCAGCCUGUUUGUUGGCUUGCGUUGCAGAGGUUGAGAAGAACUCCCAGUGCAACAACUUGGCUGACUUGGAGUGCAUCUGUACCUCCAUUGGAGAGAAGGUUGAACAAUGUUUGGAUGACAGAUGCCCUAGCGGCGAUGCCCAGACUGCCAAGGAUGCUUUCGAGUCUACUUGUAAGGAGCACGGCCACGAUGUUUCUGGAAACUCGGCCUCUUCUUCUUCCGUUUUCGAGUCCUCCUCCUCCGAGUCUUCUUCCGCAUCGUCCUCCGCUUCUUCUUCCGCCGCUUCAUCCUCCGCCGCUUCGUCUGUUGCUGCUUCCUCGUCUGCUGCUUCUUCCGCUGCUGCUUCUGGCGCCUCUUCAGUUGCUGCUUCUUCUUUCGUGAGCUCCGAGGCUCCAGCCAGCGCCGAGACCACCGCUGCUCCAUCCACAUUGGCCACCUCCACCCAGUCUGAGGCUGAGGAGGCCUCCUCUUCCGAGGCUCCAUCCUCCGUUGCCGACGUCUCCUCUUUCGAGGCCGGUGCUCCAGUCAAGGCUGCUUCCUUCGCUGCUGCCAUUGCCGGUGUUGUUGGUGCUUUGUUGUAA